AUGACCCAUUACCUGAACAAUGCCGAACGGGAUAAUUCAAAACUGACGCCCGAAAUUUGUCGAAGCCAAAAGCUACACACGACUAGCGGCCCCCCAAACCCGAUCGCUACAGAUGCGCCCGAUAUUAACCAGCACCGACAUGGCAAUCCACAUAUAGCUUUUCGGCUCUCUCCAGCGCCCACUUGCCCGUACAUGCGGCCGCUUGAAUUCGCGAAAUAUGUUACCGGUUUUAUUGGCGCGAAGCCGUUCAACAGCGUGCUGCCGCUCCACCUCAGUGAAAAAUCGAGCGGAUAA